UCGAAUAUGAGUAUCGCCUUCCGAAAUCAUGAGUAGCCUUAGCCAAGCACCAGUCCCGUUUUCGUUCCUCAUCCCUCAUCGAUAACAGAUGCGUAACAUCAUUACCCUCCCCCUAAGAACAUCAAAUCAUGGAAAAUGAGGCCCCUGGCUCGCAGGAAAGCUCGCAUUUCAUUUUGGACCCGAUACCGGGGUCGGUACUCUUGGAUCGGGAAAUUGCGCGCCGGGAUGGCCUGAAGCAGAUGGGCAACAUCUUGACCGGAUGCAAGGAGCUCGAUGAUAGCACAUUACUCGGCGGCUUCGAAAGGGGCUGCAUCGUCGGUAUCAGUGCAGAGGAUGAGGAGAUUGGACUUUUGAUAGGGCUGCAGAGUAUAGCUCGGCUCUUGGCAAGUGCUGAGGGUCAAGACUCAUCUACAGAACCUAGGGCAGUUAUCGUCACCACGCUCUCUGCCAGUGCCCUCCUCCCAACUCUUCGGGAUGUCAUCAAGGGGCAGCUUGAGUCUGUUCAGAAAGAAACACCCGAUCCUAAUAGCCGCAUCCGGCCUGUACUAGAGCGCGUCUCGAUAUCAAGGAUCUUCGAUUUCGAAGGCUUAUGGGAAGUCCUUGGCGAGCUCGAUCCACACCCUGAGACGGAGUCGACCCCUGAAGCGGGAGAGGAAACUUUUACGGGUCAGAUCCAAGCCCCAGGUUCUAGCCCAGAACCUCCACCUCACGACGAUCGGAACGACAAGGUGAUACAAGAUAGCGAGGAGGAAGAUGAACUCUCGGCCCCUCAGUCAGGGACCAAUUCCCCGGAGGCCGCCGUACCUCCUCACGUCUCCCCAAAACCAAGUGAUCUUAUCCACACCAGCAGCACAACAACACGUGCUCGCAAAAGGCCAAUGCCCGACAUAAUCCUAAUCACCCACAUGUCCUCCCUCAUGACGGCGCUCUUCACGCGUCGCGACAAGGCAACAGCGCACACCACGCUCCAACUCCUGUCGUCGCACCUCCGCUUCCUGACCCACUCCCCCGCCCACGAAGCUCCCCUAGUCAUGGUCCUCAACUCAACCUCGCCCCCCCCGUCGGCAACCGACAGGAAACCGCCAACCACCACGAGAGCCAACCCGGAUGCCGCCCCCACGGACCACGACCGCCUCAGGCCCCGCCCCAAGCCCCUAGACCCAACCCUCCGCUCAGUCUUCACGGGGCCCGCACUCCCGGCACCACCCUCCUUCGGUUACGGCCAUGGUUACGGCUACGGAUAUGGGGGCGGCGGCGGCGGCGGCGUGGGCACGGGCUCCGCGUCCCGCAGCAACAACAACAGCAACAAGCCCUCCUUCGGUCUCGUCUUCGCACAGCUGCUCGACAUCCACAUCCUGUGCUCGCGCGUGCCGCGCACCCGCGCCGACGCGGAAGCCGAGGCCGAGGCGCGGGCGAUGGCGGUAUCCGGCGAGACAGAGGGGGGUGGUGGUGGUGGCGCUGGUGGCCCGCGGGGGCGGUUCGCGUGGGUGGUUGAGGUGCUGCUUGACGAGAUUGGGGUGUGGGAGGGGACGGGGGCGGGGAGGCCGAGAAGACGGAGUAGGGAGCAGAGGUGGGGGGCCGUGGAUGUUGUUGGUGGGGUGAGGGUUGUGGAUGCGUUUCCCGGGGGGGUUGGGGAGAUACAAAGAACGGCUUCGGGACAGUGACAAGCUCUAGACUUGUUCGUCCUGUUUUAUUCGGUGUUUUCUCUGUGGCUUCUCACCAGGCAAUACUAUCUAGAUGGACAGAUAUUGGAGGCCACAGUCCACCCACCGUCUAAUUCUACGGCGGGCUAGCAGACAAACCUACUUCUUCUUGCUCCCCCUUCCUCCCCUCCCACCUCCCUUCACCUGCCC